GGGGUGGACGGCGCUCCUGCUGCUGCCGGCAGUCUGGCCGCCGGUCCCGCCGCCGCCUGCCCCGCGCCAUGCAUCCCGCCGGGCCCCCUGCGCUGUGGCUGCUGCCGCUGCUCCUGCUCGGCCCCGCGCCAAGCCCCGCCAGCCCCGAGCGCACAGCAGAAAGCACGGCGAUCUGCCUCCUGCCCUCGGACCCAGGGCUCUGCCGGCUCCCGACGACCCGCUACUACUACGACAGGUACACGCAGACCUGCCGGGCAUUCAGGUAUGGGGGCUGCGGGGGCAACGCCAACCAGUUCGCCACCUUGGAGGCCUGCGAUGAAGCCUGCUGGAUGAUCGAGGAAGUUCCCAAAAUUUGUAGGUUCGAAAUCAGUAAGGAUAAGUGUGGCAAGUCCAGUGAAGAGUAUUUCUUUGAUCUGAAGUCCAUGAGAUGUGAAAAAUUCGCAUCUGGUGGGUGUCCCUAUAGUUUGAACCGGUUCCCCAAUGAAGCUUCCUGUAUGAACUUCUGUGCGUCAAAGAAAAUGCCAUCAUUUUGCUACAGUCCAAAAGAUGAAGGAUUAUGCUUUGCUAAUGAGACUCGCUAUUAUUUUAACAUGAGACGCAAAGCUUGUGCGACCUUCACCUACACUGGCUGUGGAGGGAAUGACAAUAAUUUCUCCUAUUUGAAGGAUUGCCAACGAGUUUGUGAAAAAGCCUACAAGAGGGGAAAAAGGAAGACACAGAAGCCUCCCUUUUCAAUUAAAAGGCCAAAAACUUGGAAGAAGAUACCUUAAGAAUUUUCUUCUAUGUCAUCUUGUGAAUGCUUAUUGCCUAUAUGAGUGUAUCUGAAGAAUACGGUAUCAUGAGAAAACAAAUCAUCAGAGAUUUAUUUGCCAGUUUUUUAUUGAUUCAAGUUACUUUUUCACCUGUGCAUAUUUUAUACAUAACUAGCUGAUAUUCAAAUGUGAAUUUUUCCUUUUUUAUUCAUUGUUCAAUUGUUUAUGAGUUUGAAUUGUUAUAGCACAUAUGAUAUAAAGGAAAACAUGACUCACUCAGUUCUUGGAGUAGCUACUCUAUUUCUGCAGAUAAUCAUAACUGAAAUAUCACUAGACAAUAUAAUUAUGUACUUUUAACAUACAUGAGCAUAUACAGAACUGGCAAAUAUGUGUGUCACUAUGAAUUAAAAGUUGCAUUAUAUUUUCUGCCCAAGGAAACAAAGUUGCAGAUCCACUAACACUUUGAAAAAAUAAUCCAAUAUGUAGAUCUACUAACUGUACUUCCAAUUCUCUUUUGUCACAUUGCAGUGUGAUGAGUAAGGGGAUUUAUUUAAAGUAUAAUAAAAUGCUUUUGACCAAAUUAAAAAGUUAGCCAAUUUAUCAAAAUAAAAAAUGUUCUCCUGGGUAAAACAAUUAUAUCUAUACCUAUCUCUUCAUUUUUCCGAAGCUAUCUAUUCUCAUUUACAUGUAUACGUUUGUAUACAUAUAUAUCUAUAUAUACAUAUAUAUAGAUAUAUAUGUACAAACAUACAAAUAGAUGGUUUUUAAAAGUUCUUAUUACAUUCUUUCCUAAGACAAAAUGGGUUGGAAACCAACAAAGUUAUUAAAUAUUUUUUACUAUUCGAAGUGUUUAUACUACGACAAAUGUGAUUUAAUAAUUUAAAUUUAGUAACAAAUUAUUAUUAGGACCAUUAUAAAUUAUGAAAAGGACCAUUACAGUGAGAUAGAUUUUAUUACAAGAGAUUUUUUAAAAAUUUCCUAUAUAUGCUUGGCAAAAUUUGCCUCUUACUUAGCAAAAUUACAAUAUAUUUGCCCUUUGGUUGAGCAAUUCCUCACUUGAUACCAGGCCCAGAAUUAUUUUGAUAAAUAGAUUUAUGCUUGAGGACAUUGUAUGAUUCUGGAAACUAGAAACAAACUAGUGGCUCAACAAUAGGGGAUUGGUUAAAGAAAUUAUGGAUGAAGAAUGAGCAAACUAUCUAUCUAUAUAUGCAUAUCAUCUGACCCUAAGAAUACAUUUAAAAAGAUCUAGAACAACAUGAAUAUACAUGCAUCAUCAUGAUCAUGAUCAUCAUCAUCAUCAUCACAGGAGAUAUAAUAGUAUUACAAAUGAUUACUUAGAAUUAAGUGCUGUGGAACACAACUGUAAUCCUAGCACUCAGCAGGCUGACACAGAAGGAUUCUAAGUUUGAGUUCAGCUUAGGCUACAUAGUGAGUUCAAGGGCAGGGAGGACUACGUAGCAAGACCUUGUUUGAAAACAUAACAAAACACAAACAAACAGGUUAACUAUAAAGGGAGGGAGUGAAGUGAAAAGUAGGCAGGUAUGAGAUGAAAUUUAUGUGAAUGUCCUUUCUGUUUUAAGCUUGCACCGUGUAAAUAUUUUACAUUAUUUGAAAUAAAAAUUGAAUAAAAAAAACUUCUUUAAACAUUGAAAAAAAUCCAAAACAAUAAAACUCAAAUUACUUAAGUGUCAUAAUUACACAAAAGAUAUAUAUUUAUUCUCAGAGACUUUCAAAACUAGUAUUUUGAUCAUUUGUCUUUUGAAGUAUAUAAUCUAAGGCUCAAAAUUUUCUGAAUAAAUCUGUAAGAGCA